AUGAUACCAUGGACUGCCCUGGUUUGUCCCAUAAUGUAUUCCUUGUAUGCUAACAAAUAUGAUUAUUACAAUCAAGCUCUCAAUAACUUUUCAAUGCUGCUCAUGGCAAGUCACGGUCUAAUGAGUACAACUUGUACAUUGCUUCUCAUCAGACCAUAUCGCGAGUUUGUUAUGAGUGUCUUCAGAGGAAACAGAGAGUACGACGCAAAAAUGAUGUGGGCGACAAAUAUCAGAUCCCAAGGAUCCGUUAUGUUGGGAAGUGCGACUGAAUGA